CGGGCCGGUCGGCGUCGAAGCUACACGACGUUACGACGUACUACGCUCCCCGGCCGGCUGGCCCCGGCGUGCACGUCGUCCGUCUCCCGAUCCUCCAACAAUUAAUCCGAGACGAUGAUGAGCGACGCCAGACCAUCGUCGGCAGCCGCCCUCGCGGUGCUGCUCGUGGCGGCGGCGCUGGCGGCGGCGGCCUUUUCCGCCCCGCCGUGUGCGUCCGCGGCGACGCUGCAGUGCGCGCAGGUGGCGCAGCUGAUGACGCCGUGCAUGCCCUACAUGACGGGCGCGCCCGGGAUGACACCCUACGGCAUCUGCUGCAACAGCCUGGGCGUGCUCAACCAGCUCGCCGCCACCCGCGCCGACCGCGUCGCCGCCUGCAGCUGCGUCAAGGCCGCCGCCGCCGGGUUCCCGGCCGUCGACUUCGCGCGCGCCGCUGGGCUUCCCGCCGCCUGCGGCCUCUCCAUCAGCUUCACCAUCUCCCCCAACAUGGACUGCAACCAAGUUACAGAGGAACCAUCACACUAACCGGGCACAUCACAUAGAAUACAAGCUGAAGAACCAAGCUGUUCAAGUUGAUCGAGUUGCUUCAUCUUCCAAUCCAAAAAAAUAAAAUGAAGAAACGCUACGCCCAUCUAGUAUCUUGCAUCUCUUGCUGUUUUAUUCCUUCAGGUCUUUUUUCUUUAACCAAACCUAUUCAUUCAGUUUGAUGAUGAUGUGAUCUGCUAUCUGGAUUUUGUAAACGAGUUUUCGUUCCUGUGGUUCUGAACUGUGUAUGAUCGUGUGUGCUUUUUAAUUCGCCGCAUAGUAAGUAAAGUUCAAACAUCUAUUUUACCGAAAA